CAGCAGCGCGGCGCGGCUCGGCCGGGGGGGUGGGACCCGCCCCGGGAGCGGGCGGCGCCGGGCCGCCCCCGGCCGCGCUGACAUCAGCCGUGAAAAGGGCGCGGGCGGCGGCCUCCGCCACUGCCGCACCGGGAGCGCGGGGCAUCGGCGCCUCAGACACCGCGCCGUCACCAUGGCCAACCGGGGACCGUCCUACGGCCUCAGCCGCGAGGUGCAGCAGAAGAUCGACCGGCAGUACGACCCCGACCUGGAGCAGAUCCUGGUGCAGUGGAUCCUGGCGCAGUGCGGCGGGGACGUCAAGCAGCCCGAGCCCGGCAGGGACAACUUCCAGCAGUGGCUGAAGGACGGCACCGUGCUGUGCCGCCUCAUCAACAGCCUGCACCCGCGGGGCCAAGGCCCCGUGGCCAAGAUCCAGGCCUCCGCCAUGGCCUUCAAGCAGAUGGAGCAGAUCUCGCAGUUCCUGCAGGCCGCCGAGCGCUACGGCAUCGCCGCCACCGACAUCUUCCAGACCGUGGACCUCUGGGAAGGGAAGAACAUGGCCUGCGUGCAGCGCACCUUGAUGAACCUGGGCAGCCUGGCCGUCACCAAGGGCGACGGGCUCUUCGUGGGAGACCCCAACUGGUUCCCCAAGAAGUCGCAGGAGAACCGGCGCGUCUUCUCCGAGGACAAGCUGAAGGAAGGCCAGAGCGUCAUCGGGCUGCAGAUGGGCACCAACCGGGGGGCGUCGCAGGCGGGCAUGACGGGCUACGGCAUGCCGCGGCAGAUCCUCUGAGCGCCCCGCGCCGCCGCCGCCUCCUCCGCCGCCCUCCUCCUCCUCCUCCUCCUCCUCCUCCUCCUCCUCCUCCUCCUCCUCCUCUCCUCCUCCGCGGGGCCUGGUCGUGGCCUCGCCGCCGCCAUGGCGCCUCCGCUCCCUCCCCGGGCGGCCUCGGCCCCGCCGGGUCCCCCCGCGUCGCCACGGACCAAACGGCCGCGCCGGGCCCCCCCCCCCCGGUGCCUCUCGGACCAAAGUCGUCUUUUUUUUAUAUAUAUACUUUUUUCUGGUUUUUGUAACGCCGCUGGCGGCCGAGCCGCGGCCGGGCCCCCGCGCCGGCCCGGCCCCGCGCGUGCAGGCCGCCGGCCCCUGCGUCCCGCCCCGCUCCAGAGCUGUCGCCUCGCCGGCCGCCGCCGCAAUAAAGCGCCCGUCGCCUCUGGA